GGAAGCGGGGUAACCGGACGGCGGUUGUGCGCAGGCGCGGGCGAAGGUUUUUUUUUAUUCCCGAUCGCAAGAAUCGGGGCGCAGGAGAAGCCGGGGGCGUUGUCCAUGGAGUCCAAGGCUGCCGUUUGGAGGCUCCAGGUGCUGCUGGGACAUCUGUCCCGCCGGCCCGACUCGGACCCCGGGCCGAGGGCCGCGCCGUGCCGCGGGGCCUCCGCUCAGGCCGCGGCCGGCGACGUGGUGGUGGUGCACGGCCGGCGCACGGCCAUCGGCAAGGCGGGCCGCGGGGGCUUCAAGGACACCACCCCCGACGAGCUCCUGUCGGCCGUGAUGACCGCCGUGCUGCAGGACGUGAACCUGAGGCCGGAGCAGCUGGGGGACAUCUCCGUGGGCAACGUGCUUCAGCCUGGAGCCGGGGCAGUGAUGGCCAGGAUUGCACAGUUUCUGAGCGGCAUCCCGGAGACCGUACCUCUGUCCACCGUCAACCGACAGUGCUCUUCCGGCCUGCAGGCGCUGGCUAACAUUGCAGGUGGCAUCAGAAAUGGGUCUUAUGACAUUGGCAUGGCCUGUGGGGUGGAGUCCAUGUCCAUGGCCGAGAGAGGGAAUCCUGGCAACAUCAGUUCCCGCCUGGUGGACAAUAAGAAGGCCAGAGACUGCCUGAUCCCCAUGGGAAUCACUUCGGAGAACGUGGCUGAGCGGUUUGGCAUCUCCAGGGAGCGGCAGGACGCCUUCGCACUGGCCUCCCAGCAGAAGGCAGCCAGAGCUCAGAGCCAGGGCUGCUUCCGUGCCGAGAUCGUGCCCGUGACCACCACCGUCCUGGAUGCCAAAGGCAACCCCCAAGCCCUCACCGUGUCUCAGGACGAGGGCAUCCGUCCCAGUACCACACUGGAGGGUCUGGCCAAGCUGAAGCCUGCCUUCAAAGAUGGUGGCUCCACCACGGCUGGAAACUCAAGCCAGGUGAGCGACGGGGCGGCGGCCGUGCUGAUGGCGCGGAGGUCCACAGCAGAGGAGCUGGGCCUCCCCAUCCUCGGCGUGCUGAGAUCAUUCGCGGUAGUCGGGGUCCCCCCUGACAUCAUGGGCGUGGGGCCCGCCUACGCCAUCCCUGUGGCUCUGCAGAAGGCAGGGCUGACGGUGAAUGACGUGGACAUCUUUGAGAUCAACGAGGCCUUUGCCAGCCAGGCCCUGUACUGCGUGGAGAAGCUGGGCAUCCCCCCUGAGAAGGUGAACCCCUUGGGGGGCGCUGUGGCCCUGGGCCACCCGCUGGGCUGCACUGGUACGCGCCAGGUGGUCACGCUGCUGAAUGAGCUGAAGCGCCGUGGAAAGAGGGCCUACGGCGUGGUGUCCAUGUGCAUUGGCACCGGCAUGGGAGCCGCUGCUGUCUUUGAAUACCCUGGAAACUGAGGCCCUGCUGGUGUUCCUGAACUCCCUGUCCUCCGUGGAGUACGGGACUGCAGCCAUGAUCCACGAGCCCGAGCCCUGCCUCGCCAGAUGGGGUGUGGGGACAUCGAAGCACUUUAUCUAGUUUGGAAAAUGUGAAGGCAGAUGGCGCAGUCCAUGAGGGGUCACGCAUGGAGUGGUCCCCACCAGCCCUCUGUCUAUCUGGGCACAAGUCGGUGUGGGGCCCCUGUGCCUGGGUCUGGUGUGUAAUUGGGGGGACAGCAGGCUGCCAUAGGUGGAAUAAACGUGCUAUAUCAUCUUGA